AUGGGAGGGGACCGGUCGGCCAUGAGGGUCAAGCGCGGCAUGCACCUGGAGGCGCAGGUCGCCCGGGACGCGUGGCGCGCCGGCGAGGUGGUCUGGGGCAACGGGCACUCGUACGUCCUGCGGUGGUUCGACGGCGGCCCGGACUCGGGGCGCAUCCCGAGGGCGGACGUCCGGCCGCUCCCGGACCCCGCCGUCAGGCUGCCGGCGGACCUUGCCGCCGGCGACUCCGUUGAGGUGUUCGACGGCGGCCUGUGGAAGCGCGCCGAUGUCGUGGGCGCCGCCGCCGGCCACGGCCAGUUCGAGGUCCGGAUCGCCGACUCCACCGAGGUCCUUGCGGCCGACCUGAGCGCGCUACGGCCCCGUAUGGUGUUUGAGGGAGGGGAGAAAGGCUGGGUUGUCAUCCAGAAGGGCAACAAAAUCCCGGUCGAGAGCGCUGCGCCAUGGCGCCCGGUCGCCGGCAAGAACAUCAAAAGCAAAGCCAAUGUCAAUGGCGGAGGCGGCAAGCUCGGCGGCGUGCAUGCCACCAGUCUCAAUCUGGGCAAGACGAAGAGGAGCGCCUACGGGGUGGACGCCGACAUAGUCAGGGACGUCAAGAGAUUUCAGGGCAACAACAUCAACGUCUUCUUGGCCAAGAAGGAACCCGCAGCAAGGUACCAUCACCAUGGCAGCAACAACAUAGAGGUGAUGGAUGUGCACCCAAGCCAUUACCUCAAGAAAAGGGAGCAGGAGACUGGCAGCAAUCAUAAUCCCAACAACAACGAAGAGCGUGAUGUGGUUGGAGUUGGAGGAACAGACAGCGACAGUACUGAUGACGAUUCCAGUUCCAGUAGCAGUAGCAAGUCCGAUCCGUCGUCGUCGGCUGGCAGUAGCGACGGAGACAGCAGCAGCGACGGUGACAGCAACAGCAACGGCGCGGUUCCUGCCACCGGCGAGCAUUGCCAAGAAAACCAAGAAGCCGCGACCCCGCCGAGCUGCGAGGAGGAAGAGGAGCAAGAUUCCGAGGAGCGGACCGAGUCCCGUGGCAGCCAGGGAAUGCGCCAGCGCCCGGCCGACGAGGAAGAGGCGGUGAUGGUGAAGCAGGAUGAGCAGCAGGUAGAGGAGGAGCAUGAUGACCACCGCGUCCAUGGCCUGGAGCUGCAGGCCUACGUGAGCGUCAUGAAGGCGUUCUACUUCACGGGGCCGCUGACCUGGGCCAAGGAGGAGCUGCUGUCCGACCUCCGCCUGCAGCUCCACGUCUCCAGCGACGAGCACCUGCAGGCGAUAUGGCGUCUCAAGGGCAAGAAGUAAAUCCGCAGGCAAGGGUUUCAACGGCGGCUAUUGCUGAUUGCUAUAGUAGUUUGAGCCUGUGAACCUGUGAUAGGUUGCUGUAGUUGGGACUAUCAAGUCAGUCAUCAGUUGACUGAAUUUGAUUUGGAUCCCUGUCAAAGUUUGAUUGUGAAUUUGGGUCUCAGUCAAAUUUUGAUUCUGAAUUUGGGUCUGGAUCAUCAGUUCCAACUUCCAAGCUUAUCUUAAAUUUUGUGUGUUUGGGAUACACUGAAGACAGAAAAGCCACCCAUCUCCCUCUUUCUCCCCUGCUCCCUUCAAGGGGAAGAAGUAAACUGGAGGCGUUUCAACGGUGGCUAUUGCUGAUUGCUGUAGUUUGUAAACCUGUGAAUCUGUGGAUACAUUACUGUAGUUGGGAGUGUCAGUCAACCAUCAUUUGACUGAAUUUGAUUCGGAUGUCGGUCAAAUUGUGAUUCUGAAUUUGGGUCUCACUCAAAUUUUGGU